AACACGUAACUCUGCAAAACUAACACCCACAGAGUUAGUGUUGUUGUAAAUUUUGGUCGUUUCUCGCGGAGUAACGCUGUUGAGUGUUCAACUUGACCACGCCUUUCAGUUCCUGUGAAGAAGCGCCUUAAAGUGUGCGGUCGCCAUUUUUCCAUGUCGCAUGGGUAAGUUUUACUCGGUCAAAUUUUCUAGUUUUAGGUUGAUAUUAACAUAAAUGUUGGCAGAAAGUGUUAAGUGACUUGCAUUUGCUGCAGGUGUUUUGCAAUUAAGUCUACUGAAUAAAUUCAUUUCGGAAAGUAUUUUUGUAGAAGUGACCGGUUGCUAGCAAGAACUUAAGUAUCUAGCUAAUUUAAUGCUUUACUGCUAAAUAAAAACCGCGACUCGUUUUAAAGACGUUCUUUUAUUCUUUUCAAUUGCAACUUUUAUAACCCAUAUAACAACUGCAGGGUGAACUGGCCUGCAACAGGGAGCAUACGAGCGAUAACAGCAGAUGAGAGAGGGAGAGAAAGGCUGUGAUAUGCUGGUUCCUGUAGAGUAUAAGGGAGUGAGUAAAUGGGUGAGGGUGCCAAAGACAGAAGAUGUCUACAGUUACCAAGAAUUUGUAGAAGGAGUGCUGGUGAAAUUCAAUUUGCCAGAUUUUACAUCUUUGAUGCUGAAGGAUUCUGCAGGAGUGGAAGUGGAUGAGGACAUAUUUGAUGAACUUUUGAAGUCAUCGGGGGUGUCUUUUAAAGCCUUCACUGAAGGAUGUCAUGAUGACAGUGUUGAGGAUUCUUCUUCAGAGGCGUCAUUCUCAGAGUGGUCCCCAUCACGUGCAUCUGGGGCGUCAUCAUCAUCGGGUUCAGAUGUAACAAUAAUAUUGGAAUCCACCAAAGCACGCAAAAGACAGCUGAUUGAAGGGCCCCCUGACAGCAUUAUAGCAAAAGAUACUGUUAUGGUAGCCCUGCAUUCAAAGCCAGGUGGUAAUCAAAUAUUCAAAGAAUAUGAGAAAACAAACCGUCUUUCUGAUGGUACAAGAAGAAAGAUGGUGAACAUACUCGUGGCUGACAUGGUAGAGACUCAUGGGAGGAUCCCCCCAGUAAAUGUCCGCAUAACAUAUGCACUUGGCAUUACAACGUUGUUCCCCAACUUGAAGGACCCAGAUUCAAAGAAUGGUUAUGAACAUUUUUAUGACCACCAGAGUGGGUCUGGCUACCUAGCAUGGAGGUUGAAAACCGUCCAGCGCAACUCUACUGGAGAGAUAAAGAAAUCCAAGUCAUGUUUUCAACAAGGUCCCAAGACUUCUCGCAACAUGUGUUCAGUUGUGAAGCAGUUGUCUGGUGAUGAAUGCAAGGAGGCUAUGUCAGUGAUGAGGCACUCAGCUGACAAAAAGCUUGUUAAAGAAAAAAUGAUGGCAACAUUUCAGCACAGACAAAAGGUGGUUCAAGAUCCAGCUACAACCUCCACUGUCCUGGACCAUUUCCCAAGAUUUCUAGAUACCCCUGGCUUGAUUGAUCAAGAUUUCACAAUGCUCUUUGGUGAAGAAGUGUCGGGUAAAUUCCUGGCAAGAUGGCCAACAUUCUUCAAACCGAGGAUCAUCUCAGAUUGCAAAAAUCUUCCUGAAAGUGCUCAUGUCAGUGAGCUCCUUUUGUCUGCACAACAAGAGUCUGAAGAUUGUGUCUGGGACUCUGAGGUGGCUGCCAUCCUUUUGCUUCUUCAUCUGUUACCUCCAACAUCCAAGGGUAGGAAAGCUUCAAAGAUUAGCACAUCUGAUGCUGCUGACCGGCUGGUGAAGUUCAUUAAGGUGGGGCGAAGCAUGGAUGCCUUCCUCAAAGAAACUGGGCCUGUUCAACCACUUCUUCUGUGUGUCGGAGAAAGAAAGAACAGCAUUCAAAAUUUCUACAUUGUCCUGGACCAAAAAGUCAUUCCCUGUUCAACGCAGACCGGAGUUGCUGCCUUUGAUGAGCUGUUCAAGGCCCAUUUUGCUUUUGCUGUGUCCUAUGACGAGGCAUUGAACAACUUCUACACAUUCAUCCAGACCACUGUGUACGGCAUCGAUGUUGGUGUUAUGAAGGAGAGUCCUCGAGUCAAAGAAAUCAGAGCAAGACUUCUUCAUACUGCAGUUUGAAGAACACAUCU